AUGAGUCGCUCUCUAUUUUUGCUAUGCUGCUUGGGCAGCCUACUUCUUGAGGCAAAUCUUUGCGUGACCGCGCCGCCUCCAGUGUCUCAUGAGGAAAGCGUUCACGAAGCGAGGACCAGCAUUGAACCCCGCGACAAGGCGACCAUGUAUACGGUCACAUUUGCACACUUGCCACUGUACGUGACAGGCGAUGACUUUGGUGCCCACGUCAUAGGCAACAGUGUACUAAAGGUCAUUGUCGGAGGCACAGACUACGACUGGUUCUUUAAGCUUGCAGAUCCAAUUCCUGAUGACAUAACACUCAAGCCUCCAAUUGAGGCUGAAAGGCUAGAAGGAGAUUUUACCGGAGCCGUGUGGAAGGUUUCGGUGCUUGUGCCCAAGAACUACUACCCCGCCGCGACUUCCACAGGAGGCGAGCGCUCUGGCCUUGCCUCCGGUCCCAGAUCACCUUCCGCCGCAGCCUCAUCACAGCUACUGCCGGGGUUUGCACUCGCGGCGCUCGGAAGUGCUGUUCCUGAACAAGCCCUCGAAUCCUUUGGUGCCUCCCCGACACCACGCAUCAGGAGACACCCUCUACCAGAUUCAAAUGCAGAGGAGCUCUAUCCUCCCGCGACAUUCGAUGGUUAA